UUGCGCAACAGAUAAAUUCUUUUUGCUUUUUUUGGUGUCAUAGGUUAAUGUUAAUGCAUUUUAGAUAUCCUUUUUUAAUUUACGUUCCUUAGGCUUUCAUUUCUUUUUCUGACACGCAAAUCUGAGUACUGUUAGCAUAUCCUAUACUCAUUUCGCAACAUACGGAUCAAGUUACUUUUGUCACACAUUGGAUUGGAGGUGUGUUGUGUUGAGUUCUGAGGUUAAUCGGAUUGGCGAGGAUUUAUGUCCUAUUUGGUUACAAUGUGAGUUGAGGGAAGAAACCUUGUGCAAACAUGAAGAUUACGAAGAAGAAACCUUAACAGUUGCAGUGAUUUUUUUAGAUCGCAAACUACACGAAGCACGAGAACCAAAAAUUAAAAGACUAAUCUGAUGAACUUGACUGAUGUUACGCAUAACAGAAUGAGCAGGCUACAUUCUGUUGCAAACCAAGGUUUUCAGAAUGGGAGCACAGACUCUAGAGGAAGUGUCAGCUCAAGUUAUGCUGAUCUUCUUGAAGCCAGUGACAUUGUGAUCAGAGAUCAGUAUGAGGGAUCCAUACAAGGUCUUCCUUUUGGCUGCAAUAUUGUUACAUCAAAUCUUCAAAAAUGCAAAAGCAAGAUGAUUCAUCCUUACUACAAAAUGCUUUCACUGAUUGCAUGGAGACCGUUCGCUCCAAAUUCAGUUCAUUUUCAGUGUUUCUGGUCAGUCGUCAACUGUGUCUACCCUCUGCUUAUCAUAUCACUGCUCAUGGUCUGGUAUAUAGCAAGGGUUCUCACAUGCCAAGGCAGACUUUCAAUGGACCAACCAUCACCAACUACAGCACCGACAAGGCCGCCAAUGACAACAAUCGCUCCAAUUUCCAAUAUGACCAACUGGAGCUCUUUAGUACCAGCACAGUCACUGAAUGCUACAGCAAUUGACCCUUCAGAUCCAAAGAAGCCAACUAAUUGUCACCAUCUUUUCGGCACAUACAUUGUCCCAGAUAUACUUUAUUUCAUAGCUUAUAUCAUUGGGCUGUAUCACUUCAGAAUUCAAGAAAGCGAAGGACUGUAUGCCCUGAUGGAAAAGGUUUAUCUGCAAAGCUCUAAGCCUCAGCAAAUCACAAGAAUGCUACGGUUAAACUUGUACAUUGGCUUUUUCUGGCUGCUUUGUGCCACUGGCCUAGCUGUUUAUUUUCAUUACGUUUUCGGGUUAGCAGCAACUACUGGAAUGUCAAAUGACAAGCUAAUUUAUCAGUAUGGAAUAGCGGCUACGCUAGUCAUAGCAGAAUGUGCUGCUAACUGCGUCAUUGUGUCGGUUGUGAUCAGUCAUGGUAGUCAGUGCCAGCUACUGAAGUACUACCUUGAUAGUAUAAUGAACCGACUGGAGGAGAAAAACACAGAACUACGAUAUAUUAUGAAGGACAUAUUAGAUGUAAGGCAAAAUUUAUCAAGAAUUAACGGGAUUCUCGCAUUUAAUACGGCAUGUGUCGUUUUCAAUGUCUGCCUUAUGACUCUAGUAGGUUUUAUUCUGCUGGUUACAAACAAAUUAGAUUAUCGUGAUUUGUGGAUAUAUCGUUCGUGUUUUUUUGUUUUAUGGAGCGUCAUUUUGGCAUUCAGUGUGAUACAACCAGCCCGAUUGACAGCGUGUGGUGCAAAACUAAAAGACAAAGCCCUCGUGAUAAGAGUCUUUGGUUAUCAUACACACACACAGUUGGAUAUCGAUUCAUUUUUAACUUUUUUACAUUUGGUUGAUCUCAAGGCCAAACUGUUUACAAUACCAGUGAAGCCACAAUAUCUUUGGGGUAUUCUUGUUAUUGCAACACAAGUGAUGAUUGUUGUUGUGCAAAUGGCUGAUUUUGUUCCCGAAAACAAUUGGUUUUGACUUCUUCAUUCAACUAUUGAACUUUUACUGGAAUGUAUCAACCGUGACACAGAAUUUUAUUGCACCCUUAGAAGGGAAGUAUAAGAUCAAACUCUGGAAACAAUAUUUAAGGCUCGAGAAAACUCUCACCUUAACACAAGCACUUUUUAUAGACAGUAUAUUAUGUAAAUAUCUUACAAGUGCCGUACAUGCUUCUUGUGCCUGGUUAUUUUAUUCUGGAUAGAAAAUGUUCUGCUGUAAAAAACAUUCACUGCUGUGGAAAACCAGUCUCUGCAUUUUUCUUUAAAGUUUUAUGAAAUUUAUAGAAUGAUAAUAAUUUUUCACUGGAGCUAGGAUUAUUUUUCAAUUUCAAUUGCCGUUUUUGUCCUUAUAUCACUGAGUUUCUUAUUUUACAACAUUUAUCUUUGACACACUGUUUUGGAAAAAUUUUACUAACCAUUUUACUAAAGCUUUGUGUUAAGAAUAUCCUGGGAGAUUUCAUGUAAAAUUCAAAAGCUGACUUGUUUGCCAGUUUACUGUUUCAGAUUUAGCAUUCUUCAGACUUUGAUAUCAGCAGUGAAUAUUAUAAUUUUUAGAAAGAGUUAAGGUUGCUGUAAAGCCAUCAACAUUACAUGUAUUCAAAUGGUCCUUGACAUCCAUUAUGUGUCAGUGUAGAUUUGAUUGUUUACCUAAAGUUUUCUUGAUGUGAUUGGUAUGGGUAUAAUGCUGGUAAUAUACAUAUAAAGAUAGAAAAAUAGAAUACUCUAAGCCUUGAAAAAUGUGAUGGAAGUUGGGAAUCAUCAGACCUGUUUUUCUCUUGAUUUCAUGGCUUUCACAUGGUUUUUACAAUCUAUUUGCCCCUCAUUUAAUUGUUGCAGUUAAAUUAAACUGUUAGCUGCUGAUUUUCUAAAUUCCUGAAAAUUUACAAAAUUGUAUGAUUUUGUCAACCCUGUGAACUUCAAUGUGUAUCUAAAAUAUUUGCCACUCUUAAGUCGACAUAAUACCAAUUAGCUAAGUUAAUUGGUGCAAGCUAGGUUGCAAGAGAAUUUGAAGUCACUGUCAUUUUUCAAUUUGUAAACAAAUCCCUAAAAAUUUUGUCAACAUAAUGGUUUUCAGUUUUCCUCUUUCUCAUUUUCCCACAAUAACAAAACUUUAAAAUAUUGACAGAACUUUACCAUUUAUUCCCCAGUCCCAACUUCCUUCAAACAGGCUAUGAGAAAGAAAAUGUAUAUUUAUUUUGAUAAAAUUGUUCUUACUGUUUUGGUAUGAGAAAAUGAAAAUAAUUUAUAAUUUUUUGAAAAGAAAUAUUUUUGCCUUACCUUUCAACAACACAUUAUGUUUUUCUUAGCAUUUAUUUUUUCUCAACAGUUAGGUUUUUACCUAUUGUAUAGACUGAAUAACAUCAGUUAUAUUUAUAUGAGAAUUACCAAGAA